AUGGCUAGUUCUACAAUUUCUUUGUCGAAUGUUUAUCAAUUAUCUAUCCUAAUGCCAAGGUAACAGGUGAACAAACUCCAAAUGUAAAACAUUAAAAUAAUAAUUAGGUUUCUGGUUAUUUUGAAAUAGAAGUUACUAAAGGAGGUAACAAAUCAGUAGUUCAUUCAAAAAAGAAUGGCGAUGGCAUCUUUAAUGAGAAAACAUGCCAGCCAAUAUUAAAUAAAUUGAAGAAUUAUGUUGAGGCUUGAAGUCUCUUACAAAUUGAUAUAAUAUAAUGAGUUGGUACAUUGACCAUGAAUGAAGAAACUAAGUUUAAAUAACAAAAAUUUAUUUUCUGAAGAGAUCCAAUGAUUGAUGUUCUAAUUCUUAUAUUAUGAUAUAAAAUAUAUUUAA